AUGGCUAUGUUAGACCCUAGGAAUGGAACUGUGACACCUCAUGAGUUGGCUUCACUCAAGUCUUCGCUGGACAGCCGAAGUAGUGGCUUGGGGACAACCACUGGACGCUGGUGCUAUUGCAUUAACGGUCACGCUUUUGCGACCGGGAGCCUUGACGUCCCCUUGGAUGCUGCACGCUGCUCGGAAUGCGAAGAGCCUGUGAGAGGUACUGACCACCAAGACCCCGAAGACGCAAGCAUCGUGGGGGAAACGGAGAUGUCGAGCGAUGAGACUGGAACAGGAGUUAUUACUCCAACGGAGGACGACGGACCGGACAAUUAUACCACGCUGGUUGGACAUGCACCAGAGGCUGUGGUUUCGAGGAUGAACGACUUGGCGAUUCUGGAUGCAUCGAGAGACGAAGUAGAGUCAAGUCAGGAGUUCGGCCGACCACAAAUGGCCAGGUGGUGCACUACUCAAUAG